CCCUGUCCAUGGAAGAGGCCAAAGACAUAGUGUGGAGUGAGAUGAUCACGCGCAAGUGCGAUACUAUGUCGGGCGAGAACAAUCCCUUUCAACCGGCCCUUCGCAAUCGCAUCACCAAAGACUCGCUGUUUGUGCUCACAGACUUCACGGCCAGACAGAAACAAGACGCCGUGGAAGCACGUCUGCACGGCCUGCGUAAACGCUACGCCUACAUAGCUGACCUGUACUGGACCCGUUGUGCACUGGCAGCGAUUGUCAAAAGUGCUACAUCGCAUCACUUUGAGAAUGAAAGCGGUCUCCGCGGUGUUCUGGGCAAAGUGGAUCGUCUGGUUGAGCUGGCUCUGACCAACGCAGAUCACGGGCCCAGUGUGCUGGAGAGUUUGGCGUUGCAACGGUGUUUGGGACAUGACAGCAACCGAACAAUUAUUCUGUAUGAAAGCCCUCGUAGGAACUUGAAGAGUGAAGUCCAGGCUUACCAG